AUGAAGCCAGGAGGAUCUUCUUCGUUGAACCCGUACGCAGCAGCUUACGUACCACUCUUCAAAAGAGAACCUGCCACACAACACGUGCAGCAGCACCAACCUCAGGUAGCAGCUCAUGGCUAUGGCGGAGUCCAAGGAACGGGAUGCUACCCAGGCUCUCAAAUGUCGAUGCCAAAGCAGAUGAGGGAUGAGGAUCUGGAGAUGGACAUGGAGAUUGAGUUCCUUCUAGUCACAUUCUCUAAUCUGUCACAUGAGUCUAUCAAUGAUGUGUACAUGGCUAACAAUGGUGAUCUUGAUGCAACUAUCGAAAUGCUCAACCAGCUCGAGAUUUACAGCUCUGAAGCUCAAGAAUACCUCCCAGACACACUGGACAUUGGCGACGUACCUGAAACCACAGAGUCUUCAAAAACAAAGAGUGCAGGUACUGAAGGAAGUGCAUCAUCAUCCUCGGGUACACCCAACGCCCCUGUGUCGUCCUCCUGA